AUGACAGAGUGGAUAUGCCUGGUGGAGCCGUCCCCUGUCUCCGGCACUUUGCGAGUGAACUCAACUGCCUUGUCCUUCCUGAAGACCCUGGCUGGCCCCCUUCAGGUGGUGGCUAUCUUUGGGCCCAAGGGCACUGGAAAAUCCUUCCUCUUGGACCAGUUGGCGGGGCAAGAUGAAGGCUUUUCGCAUUCUCCAGGAAUAUGGCUGAACUGUUUUCCUCACCCGACUAAACCAGAUGAAACCCUGGUGUUACUGGAUACGGAAGGCCUCCCUGAACAAAUGGAGAAGGAUGAAAACUCCAUCUCCUUCAAACUUUUCCUUUUGGAUGUACUACUCUGCAAUAUCUUUAUAUAUAACUCCAAAGGUGCUUGGGAUCUUCAAGAAGAGCUUGAUAAACUGACAAGUUCUCUUUUCCUCAACCAGCAUCCUCCCCAUAGAUAUGUGAAGAUGCUUCCCGAUAAAGUACGAGUAUUGGAGGAUUGUCCUUGGGAGAACAGCUUCCUGCUUAGUAGCCUGCUACCAGAGUUUGUAUGGUGUCUUCGUGACGUGGUAUCUGACUCCUUUUGGGAAGAGGUGCUGCAAGCCACGGAUCAUAACUUGGCUGUCCUCCUCUCCACCCCGGCAGCCGUGGAGAACACACCAACCAGCUGCAUCCAGACCCUGUUCCCCUCUCAGAAAGCGUUCUGUUUCUGCUCCCCACAUGCGGAUGGAAAUGAUGAGGAGGUUGUCUCUUCAGAUUCCCUACAUCCCAUGUUCCUGGCUCAGCUUUGGUUGUUUAAAGAUUAUAUCCUGAACCAGAGACCCAAGAACUCACUGGGAAGUAAAUUUGCUAGUGGGAAAGAUUGGUCUGGCAUGCUGGAACGAUUUGUGGAUGUGCUGUCUCGGCAUGAACCAAUCCUUCUGAACGAGAGCUGUGUUGGCCAGGAAGAGCCAUUCUCUUGGGAAAUUUACGAGAGUUUCAAUGAACCCAUGAUAGAUCCUCCCAGGACUGCCCCAGAGAGGAAAGAGACUCCCAGCAUCCCCCAGCUGCUGGUGCAGGAACCCAGGGUUCCUCCACCAUCUUCAUCCCGGGCUGUCCCUAGAAUGGUUCAACCAAACAACAUGGAGGAACCAAUGUGUUUGAUAGAGAAUAAUCUGGGUGAGAAACUGAAGGUUAACCAAGAAGCCCUCCAGCUCCUGCAGAGGAUCCAUCAGCCUGUGGUGGUGGUGGCCAUUGUGGGGCUGUACCGCACUGGCAAGUCCUACCUCAUGAACAAGCUGGCAGGAAAGGAUAAAGGAGGAUUUUCUCUGGGUGCCACAGUACAAGCAAACACCAAGGGCAUCUGGAUGUGGUGUCGUCCCCACCCCAGAAAGCCUGACCACACCCUGGUGCUAUUGGACACGGAAGGACUGGGCGAUGUGGAGAAGAGCAACACUGAGAACGACUCGUGGGUGUUUGCCCUCUCCAUUCUGCUUAGUAGCACCUUUGUGUACAACAGCAUGGGCACCAUUGACCAGUUUGCUUUGGAGAAACUACACUAUGUGACAGAACUGACUGAGUUAAUCAAGGUUAAGGCCUCGGGCAGGCAGAACUGUGAGGAAGAUGACGAGAUUCCUGAUGAGUUUGUCUGGUUCUUCCCAUCUUUCAUCUGGGCUGUGCGCGAUUUCACCCUGCAGUUGGAGUUGGAUGGACGCUCCAUCUCUGGGGAUGAGUACCUGGAGAAUGCCUUGCGGAGGAAGGAAGGUCUCCCUGAAAAGCUAGAUUUUGCCAAGAAGUACAUCCGCGAGUAUUUCCCCAGUCGCAAGUGCUUUGUCUUUGACCGCCCGGCCACACGCCAAGAGUUGGUGCAUCUGGAGGAUUUGCCUGAGAGGAAGCUAAACCCUGACUUCAUAGAAGAGGCACACCGGUUCCGAAGCUACAUUUUUGAGACUGCUCCAGCCAAAGUGAUCCCGGGGGGUCACACAGUGACGGGGACAUUGUUGGGGCACCUCACAGUGACCUACGUGGACGCCAUCCGCAGCGGGGCCAUCCCUUGCAUAGAGAACGCCGUGUUGGCCUUGGCCCAGAUUGAGAACUCAAUAGCUGUGAACGAUGGUGUAAAACGCUAUGAGGAGAUGAUGGAACUUCUGUUGACACUUCCAACCGAGACGAUUGAAGAGCUGCUGACGGUACAUACAGAGUGCGAGAAAGAGGCCAUCCAAGUGUUUCUGGACCGCGCUUUCAAGGAUGAGGACCAAGAGUACCAGAAACAGCUGAAGAACCAGAUCCAAAGCAAGCUUGAGGAAAUCCGCAGCUGCAAUGAGCAGGAGUCCUUGGAUCGCUGCCAGGCUGUACUCUUGGAGCUGUUUCAGGAUCUGGAGGAGAAGGUCUGUGAUGGGAGCUACGCUGUACCAGGUGGCUACCAAUGUUUCCUGGAGGACCAGAGGAAAAUAGUGGAGAAGUAUCACCUGACGCCUCAGAAAGGACUAAUGGCUUCGAUGGCCCUGCAGGAAUUCCUGAAAUCCAAGGAGACAGCAGCCCAGUCCAUUCUGCAGGCUGACCGAAACCUCACGGACAGGCAGAAGGAGAUCGAAGUGGAAAAGGCCCGGGCUGCAGCCUCUCAGCGGGAAGCUGAUCUACAACGACAGCUGAAAGAACAAACCCAGCGGAUGGCUGAAGACAACGAACGGAGUUACAAAGCACACGAAGCACAGCUUAUGGCCAAGAUGGAGGAGAACCAGAGGAGGCAACAGCAGGAAUGUGAGACAGUAUUGAACCACAAGCUCCAGGAACAAAGGCGGCUGCUGGAAGAAGGAUACCAGCGGGAAGUGGGAAGACUUCAGUCUGAGAUUACAAAUCUGCAGCAUCAGAGCAGUCGUUCACGCAGGAGAAGAUGCAUCAUCUCUUGA